AUGCCUCCGUCGUCUGCGAUUCUCCGCUUUCCUUCAAUCUGCAAUCCUGUGUUCGUCAGCAACUACUACGACACUUGCAAAUUCCCGAGAGUUGAUGCCGUCAAUUUCCUUCCACCAACAUCCACGAAGAUUUCCGCGGCCAAACAUCCCAAUCUUCCAUGCCUCACUGCGGAGAAGCAUGGGUUAAAGGAAAUCAAUUCGAUUGACAACUGUCGAACCUUAUCCGUCGAAGAAAAAGAAGAAGGAGACCACCAGUGGCGAGGCAGUUUCGAGAAGAAUCUCUUCGUGGCUGCAAUUAGAGCAUUACCUGGUAGACGGAUGAGUACCCUACUCGCCAAUUUCGAGAAAGAUGGCAACUUUGGUUGCAUUUCAGACUUCAACGACCUUCUCAAUGCAUUGGUCGCGGGCAAUAAGCUCAAUCUCGACCUCCCCCUGCAACUCUACUCCAGAUUAUCAUCCUACGGCUUGGAGCCUGAUUCGUCCACAUUUUCAGCCAUGAUCGAAUGCCACUGCAAGAGAAACGAUGUUGAAGAAGCGGAAAGGGUUUUGAAUCAGAUGCUGGACAGUGGGUGUGCCCCGCCAGAAGUCACAGUGUUCACCACAUUAAUCCACUGUUUCUGUCAAAGGGGGAAAUUGCAGAAAGCGUUUCGGGCUCUUGAAAUGAUGGAAAGGGUGGGGAGGAAACCUUCUGUUCAAACAUACAAUUGCUUGCUCAAGGGAUUGUGUUAUGUGGGGAGAGUGGAAGAAGCAUUUGAGCUGCUGCAAGAUAUCAAGAAAAUGUCCACUGUGCUACCCGAUAUGUACACGUACACGGUGAUGAUGGACGGGUUUUGCAGAGUGGGUCGAUCAGACGAGGCGAUGGAACUGAUGAACGAAGCUUUGGGGAUGGAGUUACAGCCAACGGCAGUCAGUUUCAAUGCUCUGUUCCAUGGGUAUAAUAAGGAAGGGAGGCCCCUAAAAGGAAUAAAACUGUUGCAGCAGAUGGAACAGAGAGGUUUAUCGCCUGAUUACGUUUGUUAUAGCACAUUGUUGCGAGGUUUGUUGCUGUGGCGGCAAAUUCCAGCUGCUGCCCGAAUAUACGAGCAAAUGGUGGGUUGCGGUUAUGAAGCUGAUGAAGGGUUGAUGAACAAUCUCCUGAGAGGUUUGUGCAAUAGGAGGACACUGGCCGAUGAUGGUCUUUUUCAAGUUGCACACCAGGUGUUCGAGAAAAUGAAAAAGAGGGGCUUCACCAUAGACUGCAGGGCUUAUAACGUUGUUAUCGAGGUCCUCUGUCGGUUGAAUAAAGUCGACGACGCUUUGGUGAGUUUGCGGGAGAUGAUUAACUUGGGUAGCACGCCGAGAGUAAUCACUCUGAACAUUUUGAUUCGAACUCUUUGUGAAAGAGGGGAGGCAAAUAAGGCAGUUGGUAUUCUAGUUCUCAUGUUAGAAAACCAUAUACAGCUGCCCAGAUUGUCAUAUGACAGUUUGAUUGACGAACUGAAUCGGCAAUGCAUGUAUUUUGGAGCUUCUUCUGUUUAUAGCUCGGCACUUGUUCGAGGGGUGGUUCCUCAGAAUGAGCCACACACGUAA